AUGGGUGCGGCCAUACUGAAUCAGAGCCGAGUCCAAGGCCACAAGACCGACAACCUUCCCAAAGAGCUGAUUCGCAAUGCUCGUUCGACUCCCAGGACAGCUUUCAACGCAAGCAAGCACCUGAGCUACAUUCCGCCAAGCAAGAUCUCGACAUUUGCGGACAUCGAUCAGCCGAGUACAGGCAUCUCCGACACUGCAGUCUCUGAGCCGUUUCUGUUGUUCUCGCCUGAGGCUAUCCAGCAGAUGCGGGCCGAGGCAUUCAGUGAAGAGGUUCUGGAGCAUCACUACUCCCCAACCAGCGAGACCGGAGGAAUGAUUCGUGGUCAUUGUCCUGGUCGUGCUCCCUUCAUCUACGACGCUUGGACUAGCCCUGAACUUCUCAAAAUCGUUUCUGAAAUCGCUGGUGUUGACCUUGUACCGGCCAUGGAGUACGACAUCGGCCACGUCAAUGUCUCCGUGUCGAAUGACAGCGCCGACACAAGCUUGGAGACUGCUGCUCAAGACGAAGUUGAGGAUUCUAAGAAUUCGAAACGUUUCAAGACUCCGUACGACUACCACAGAGACUGCUUUCCAUUUGUGGUCGUAACCAUGCUAUCGGACUGCACCGAUAUGAUUGGCGGGGAGACUGCCAUCCGCACCGAGUCCGGCAAAGUGAUCAUGGCUCGCGGUCCGUCGCUCGGUACGGCCGUCGUGAUGCAGGCCCGCUACAUCGACCACAAAGCUACCGUCGCGCGCGGCGGAAAGGAGCGCAUCAGCAUGAUCACGAGUUUCCGUCCCAGAGACAUCAACAUGAAGGACGAGUCGGACCUGAGCGGCGUCAAGAUUGUUUCGCAUAUUCCCACGCUGUAUUACCAGUAUUCGAGCUACAGGCUUGAGAAUCUCGAGGCUCGGGUCCGCGAACAGUGUCGUCUUAUUCGCCGGCGCCAGAGGGCCAAUGCGGACUUUGAUGUGAAGCAGCUGAGGUCCUGGGUCGAAACGCAAAAGGCCUACCUCGACACUCUUCUCAACGAGAUCCAGGAAGUGUGA